CUAUCUCUGAGGUUCUCUCUCUCUCUCUCUCUCUCUCUCUCUCUCUCUCUCUCGCGGCAAGGCGAACGGGGCGCUAGGGUUUCGACAACCUCUCCAACUUGCAGAGGCCCUGGUGAGGCGCUAGGGUUUCUUGGCGCUCUUCGAUUCCCAGCGUAAAGCACACACGAAGUAAUGGCCUGGAGGGUGUUAAGGAAAAAGGGUUUCCAUGCAUAUUUAAUGAAUGUCUCUCCCUUUACAACUCAGGGAUUUCCCUCCAGUUCUCUUAGAAAUUUGCCAGAUAUUUUUAUCCAACUUAGACAUCGCGGUGCUGCUGGUUAUAAGGUUUUGAGUAACAAUUCCACUAUCCGGAGCUUUCAUGCAAGUCUCGAUCUGUUAGCAUGGAGAAGGCAAACGGAAGAAGCUCCUGGCUUAAAAAUGCCCAAAAAAGAGAAACGAGUCAGAAAAGAAAAUAGGACCCAAGCACCUGUUGAAGCACCAUAUGUUCCCCCAAAACCAAAAUUACCUACCAAAUCCUCUCCAGAUAAAACCAUUGAAAUUUUUGAAGGAAUGACAAUACUUGAGCUCGCUAAGCGAACUGGUGUAACUAUCAGCGCAAUUCAAGACAUACUCAUAAAUGUUGGUGAAAAAGUUGACUCGGAGUUUGAUGCCGUCAGCAUCGAUGUUGCUGAGUUGGUUGCGAUGGAAGUAGGGGUCAAUGUUCGAAGGUUACAUUCUGACGAAGGCGCGGUGCUCCAACCGCGACCACCUGUUGUGACAGUUAUGGGCCAUGUUGAUCACGGCAAAACCUCACUACUUGACUCCCUACGCCAAACAUCCGUUGCAGCCAAGGAAGCUGGUGGGAUUACCCAACACUUGGGUGCUUUUGUUGUCAGCAUGCCAUCUGGCUCCUCCAUCACAUUCCUAGACACCCCAGGCCAUGCCGCCUUCAGUGCCAUGCGGGCGAGAGGGGCUGCCAUCACCGAUAUAGUAGUGCUUGUUGUUGCAGCUGAUGAUGGUGUCAUGCCUCAAACCUUGGAAGCCAUUUCCCAUGCAAAAGCAGCUAAUGUUCCGAUCGUGGUUGCAAUAAACAAGUGCGAUAAGCCAGCAGCCGAUCCUGAAAGGGUCAGGAUUCAGCUUGGUUCAGAAGGGGUUUUGCUAGAGGAUUUGGGCGGUGACGUGCAGGUUGUUGAGGUUUCUGCCGUGAAAAGAAGUGGUUUGGACAAGUUAGAAGAGGCUUUGCUUCUGCAGGCUGAGAUGAUGGACCUUAAGGCCCGAAUUGAUGGGCCAGCACAAGCCUAUGUGGUGGAAGCGAGACUCGAUAGGGGUAGAGGCCCGUUGGCUACUGCUAUUGUCAAGUCGGGGACUUUAUUGUGUGGGCAGUAUGUUGUUGUAGGUGCGGAGUGGGGGAAGAUAAGAGCGAUUAGGGAUAUGAUGGGGGAAGUUAUAACUGAUUCUGCAUGCCCCUCAACACCAGUUGAGAUCGAAGGGCUGAGAGGUCUUCCGAUGGCUGGUGACGAUGUUGUUGUUGUCUAUUCUGAAGAAAGGGCAAGAAUUCUUAGUCAAGGGAGGAAGAAGAAGUUGGAGAAAGAUAAGGUUAGAAAAAAGAUUAACGAGGAGAAGAUGGAGGACGAGCCAGAAAAUUCAGAAGAAGAGCCUGUUAAAAGGGUUGAGUUGCCGAUUAUUGUAAAAGCUGAUGUACAAGGUACCGUUCAAGCAGUUACGGAUGCAUUGAGAAGUCUUAAUAGCCCUCAGGUUUUUGUGAAUAUUGUUCAUGUUGGCGUGGGUCCUAUAGGCCAAUCUGAUAUUGAUAUGGCCCAAGCUUGUGGCGCAUGCAUUGUUGGUUUUAACAUUCGCAAUCCUCCAAGCGCCAUCAGUCUUGCUUGCAAUCAGGCCAAAAUUAAGAUAUGCCUGCAUAGGGUAAUUUACCAUCUCUUGGAGGAUAUCGGCAAACUGAUUGUUGAAAAGGCACCGGGGACUUCCGAGACUCAAGUAGCUGGUGAGGCCGAGGUUCUAAGUAUCUUUGAGCUCAAAGGCCGCAGCAAGUCGAAAGGGCCGGAUGUCAAAAUUGCGGGUUGCCGGAUAACGGAUGGCCGCUUCACUAAAUCCGCGACGAUGCGGCUAUUGAGGAGCGGAGAAGUGGUUUUCGAGGGCUCGUGUGCGUCUCUAAAGCGAGAGAAGCAGGAUGUCGAAGCUGUCGGGAAGGGUAGCGACUGUGGAUUGGUUAUCCAGGACUGCGACGAUUUUCGUGUUGGGGAUAUUAUUCAGUGCUUGGAACGGGUGGUCAGAAAGCCUAAGUUCAUUACUUCGGAGAGCGGUGCAGUGCGGAUAGAAUGCUGAGUAUCUGCAGGAUUCCCAUUCUCUUGCAUAUACACACCCUGCAGUUAUGCAAAAGUGCUCAACCGCUUCUGCGAAAUUGGUAUUCGCCAUGGGUAUUCAUGCAACAAUCAUUUUCACACAUAUGGAAGCAAAUCCAAAUAAAGACAGUUUUUAGAGGCGCGCGUGCAAAUACCCACUUUGCUAGGGUAUUUGCCGAUCUCUCAUAUUUGCAGGGUUUAUAUAUGCGAAAGGCCUCUAUAUAAACUAAGCCUCUAGGAACGGACAUCCAAUUCUACUUGGUUAUAUCACUAUUUGUUAACUUUCUUGCGGUUCGGCUCUGAGAAGUGCAGAAUUGCUAUUACCAUCCCCUCAGACUCCGAUAGGUUUGAACUGUCUCCAUGUCUCAAUGUGUUCUUCAAGUUCUCAUCCUUUUUGCCUCCUUAUACAGAUAUAGGUUAUUGACAUGUAUAUUAUGAUAUAUAUUCAGGUUUUUGGGAGGAAAAUUAAGCAUCCUCUUGAGUUUUGUUAGGUUUCUAAUAAUAAUUUAAAUUUACUUCACAGCAAUUUUGGCUUGUAUAAACCAUUGUUAAUGAUUAUCAACCUCUUUCUAUUUGUGCGCUUGCCGAUAUAUUCUGUUUCAAAGUAAGGGCUGAAUGACAA